CACACAUACAUAACAUAAGUAUUUUAUGUUUUAACUAUUUGUAAUUUUCUUGCUACUUGAGUUUGGUAACUUAUGGCUAUUUCAAUGAAGUCAAGAGCAUUGAUUCUCUUCAUAAUUAGUGUUCCAUUGUUUAUGAGCUCAGAAGCUAGAGUUUUUCCUGUGUUCACAUCCAUGAUGAGUACAAAAAAUGUUAGCAGUGAACUACUUUUACGUGACAUGGUCAAAAAUGUUGUAAGAAAUAGUGAGUAUGUUCACAAGAGGUCAAUGCUUGGUCCACAUUUGGAGAGGGCAGCACCUGCUGGACCUGAUCCUCAGCAUCACUAGUGGUAUUACUAUUGCUUGCUUAGUGGAGGAAACUUUGACGUGAUUAUUAUUCUUUAUCUAGUAGGUCUUUUGGUGUAAAAUAAUCCAUCUGAGCAUUAAAAAAAAUUACUUAA